AUGUUGCAUAUGAAGGAUGAUGUACAGAAGGAUGAUGUACAGGACAAGGAGGAUGUACAGGACAAGGAGGAUGUACGGAUGGAUGAUGUAUGGAAGGAUGAUGUACAGGACAAGGAUGAUGUACAGGAGGAGGAUGAUGUACAGAAGGAUGAUGUACGGAAGGAUGAUGUAUGGAAGGAUGAUGUACAGGACAAGGAUGAUGUACAGAAGGAUGAUGGUGAUGGUCAGAAGGAUGAUGUACAGGACAAGGAUGAUGUACAGGACAAGGAUGAUGUACAGGAUGAUGUACAGGACAAGGAGGAUGUACAGAAGGAGGAUGUACAGAAGGAGGAUGUACAGAAGGAUGAUGUACAGGACAAGGAUGAUGUACAGGAUGAUGUACAGGACAAGAAUAAUGUACAGGACAAGAAUAAUGUACAGAAGGAUGAUGUACAGAAGGAGGAUGGUCAGAAGGAGGAUGAUGAUGUACAGGACAAGGAUGAUGUACAGAAGGAUGAUGUACAGGACAAGGAUGAUGUACAGAAGGAUGAUGUACAGGACAAGGAUGAUGUACAGAAGGAUGAUGGUCAGAAGGAUGAUGUACAGGACAAGGAUGAUGUACAGAAGGAUGAUGGUCAGAAGGAUGAUGUACAGGACAAGGAUGAUGUACAGGACAAGGAUGAUGUACAGGAUGAUGUACAGGACAAGGAUGAUGUACAGAAGGAUGAUGGUCAGAAGGAUGAUGUACGGAAGGAUGAUGUACGGAAGGAUGACGUACGAAAGGAUGACGUACGAAAGGAUGAUGGUCAGAAGGAUGAUGGUCAGAAGGAUGAUGGUCAGAAGGAUGAUGUACGGAAGGAUGAUGGUCAGAAGGAUGAUGUACAGGACAAGGAUGAUGUACAGGAUGAUGUACAGGACAAGGAUGAUGUACAGAAGGAUGAUGGUCAGAAGGAUGAUGUACAGGACAAGGAUGAUGUACAGGACAAGGAUGAUGGUCAGAACGAUGAUGUACAGGAUGAUGUACAGGACAAGGAUGAUGGUCAGAAUGAUGAUGUACAGGACAAGGAUGAUGUACAGGACAAGGAUGAUGGUCAGAAGGAUGAUGUACAGGACAAGGAUGAUGGUCAGAAUGAUGAUGUACAGGACAAGGAUGAUGUACAGAAGGAUGAUGGUCAGAAUGAUGAUGUACAGGACAAGGAUGAUGUACAGAAGGAUGAUGUACAGAAGGAGGAUGAUGUACAGAAGGAUGAUGGUCAGAAGGAUGAUGUACAGGAUGAUGUACAGAAGGAUGAUGGUCAGAAGGAUGAUGUACAGGACAAGGAGGUUCAAUAUUAUCAUGGUCAUUAUUCAUACAAUUGUUGA